CAGGCGUUUCAAUGAAGGCUUCGCCACCGGAGACGGCCAAUAUCAAGAUCACCAAAAGCACGCUCAGAUUGAAACGCACUACACAACAUGCUGGAAUAAGAAGAAUGAUAGCUGCUCGGAUAUGCUACACUUCAAUGCACUAGGAUGCCACCACUAUGCUUGAAGCCGUUAACAUCGCACUCGAUUAAGAAGGUCAGAUAAAGAGAGGUAUGCUGGGUAUAUAUGAUAAUGGAAUAGAGGCGAGACUAGACCAUGGGAAAGAACAAAUCAAGAACUCAGCCAAGAAAGAUACCAGAACGCCCGGAAACCCCCUUCAAUAACACCGGGAUCAUUACCCAAUCAAAAAAGUCUGGCAUGGUUAGCUUUGCCGUGCGCUGUACUUGUCCCGAACACUCACCAUCGUUUACUUUCCGGCGGUCUGCUCACAACCCUCUACUUCUGUUGACUAUCGUAGACACUGCAGCAUUGACACCGCCAGUGGUUGCUGCAGUAUGCACAACCCAGAUCCCUAUCAACACUGUUAUCCCCAUAACAUUGGCAACAUUGCCAUCGCAAUAUCGGAUGAUUGGGGUGUUCAAUGUAAUGCGCGCCAUUGCUAGUUGGGAAGGAGGGGCUGGAGUUGGUUGUCGAGACGUCUUGGUAACUACCCAAAGGCCUAGCCAUGCUACUUUGAGUCGUGUGAGUCGCGGCACGAAGGUGCUCAGCCGAGGAAGGGGUAGUGCGACUGUACGUAGAGUACUCCGUGGCAGCUGGGCAGCAUUGACAAAGGCGAUGGCGGCACGCGAAACUCGUACAGACAAAAACGUAGGCGAUAUUGUUAGGGCCGUCUCCACAUUGGCAACAGAAUACUGAUGGCAUCUUGUGGUUGGAUGGUGGGGUAUUUGUAAGUGGAUAUGUUAAAGAAGAAACUCUGGUCGCUAAGUAAUGUAUUUCUUAUGAGUGGAAGAUGUUAGAGUAUCUUGCGGUGCUGUCUGUUUAUGAGAAUGAGAGAGUCGAA